UUCAUCAUAAUCAUAGCAAUUUGGCUCCCCACCACCUCCCCCACCUUGCGUCCCUCUUCUCCUUCAUCAUUCUUUCCCUCACAUGGCCUCUCUUUCUUUCUCUCCCUUCUCCUUUAACCCGUUCACCAGCCCCAACAAACAAUCCCAACUAACUUCAUUACACAGUUAGAUGGGUUCUUACCUCUGACUCUCUUGUUUUGUAUUUCUUAUCGUUGUUCUUCAGUUUUAGUGAUCUGGGUUUUUGUGUUUUGUGGAAAUCUGGGCUCUUCAGAGCUUGGUUUUAGUUUUUCUACCUUGGACUUUAACCGGUUGUGGGUUUUGGUUGGAUGUUACGAUGGUUUUAUCUAUCUGAUUUCGUCUUUCAAUCUUGUUUGGUGUUUCUCGAGUGUUUGAUUUAAUCGAAAAGAAGAAGUUUUCUCAUCUUCAAAUUGGUCGAGAGUUGGGUAAUUAGUAGACAUGAUUCAGUUGCUGUAUACAGUUCUCGUAGGUGAAGGGAUGAUGGUCUUGCUCAUGAUUGUGAAGAACCCAUUCAGGAAGCUUGUCAUCUUGUGCUUGGAUCGAGCAAAGCGCGAUCAUGGGCCCGUUGUCGUCAAGACCUUUGCCGGUCUGAUGUUUAUCUUGUUGGUGUCUAGUACGCAGAGUAUUUUCAAAACUCAGAGACGUUCGGCGGAGUUCGGGACGAUCACGCCAACCGAUCAGGUGCUCGUGACCAGACUUAUGCUGGAAGCCUCGUUGAUGGGAUUCUCCAUCUUCCUGCUUGUUGUAAUUGAUCGGCUACAUCAUUAUAUAAGGGAGUUGAGGCUAAUCCGGAAGACCAUUGAACCUUUAAAAAAGCAAAACAGAAACUAUAUGGACAGAAAAUCAGCAGAGAUGAGUGAGUUGGAGAGGGAAGUUUCUGCAUUGAAAGAGAAGGUGAAGCAGCUGGAAACAGAGGCUGAUGCAAAGAGCGAGGAGGCAAAAGCUGCUGAAGAAAAUGCCAUGGCUCUGAAAAAACAGUCUGAUGGAUUCCUUCUUGAAUAUGAUCGUCUUUUGGAGGACAACCAGAACCUCCGUACCCAUCUACAAUCAUUUGAACGGAGAUUGUCUCGCUCUGAUAGCCGGAGGAAUUCGUAGUUGUCUUCUGUCUCUCCUUCAGCAUGUUUGCAUAAUGACCAAUUUUUUUCCUGAUAGGUGUGAUAUCCUGCUAUUCAUUGAUAGACUGCAAAUAUGAUUGCUUAUUAGUGUAGGUUCCUUUUCUGCUGUAUAGUGUCCUUUCUGGGUGGAUUUGCAUGCUGGGCAGCUAGAACAUCGGGAAUUGUGCCCAAAUUUCCAAGUUUAAAAGAAAAUUUGUGCCAUCAGGGACUGAAAUUUGGAAGCCAA